AUCUCACCCGGAUGUACUUCCGCAAUGAAACGAGCGGUGUGUUUAUGAAUGGUGUAGAGCAGAAAUGGACGGUAAAGGUGUGAAGGCGGUUCUGUUUGAUCUGGACAACACGCUGAUAGAGACGAGCCGGGCAGGUAAAGAGGCGCUGCGACAGACCAGCGACUUGUUGAAGAGCACCCUGGCCCUCGAUGACACGACAAUCAGCAGCAUUUGUGACAAAUUCAAGCAGAAGCUGUUCCAGGAGAGUUUCUCACCUUCAGCUGCCGGGUCCAUCGAUGAGGUCCGUGCAGGUCACUGGGAGGAGAGCAUCCAGGAGGCUGUCGGCAGCUGUUCCUCGCCCUCUCUGCCAGCUCAGUGCUACCACCUGUGGAAGAAGAGCCGCCUGCAGGCUCUCCGUCUGUCCCCUGAAAUCUGCGACCUCCUGAAACAGCUGCGGCGCAGGUACAAGCUGCUGCUGCUGACCAACGGGGAAACCCAGACGCAGAGGGAGAAGGUGGAGGCGGUCGGCUGCGAGGAGUUCUUCGAUGCUAUCGUAAUCGGGGGAGAAUACGCAGAGCAGAAACCGUUCGUGUCCAUCUUCACUCUGUGUUUUAACAUGCUGCAGGUGGAGGCUCAGGACUGUGUUAUGGUGGGAGACUCUCUGGACACGGACAUCCAGGGGGGCUUCAACGCAGGAGUGAGGGCUACAGUCUGGAUCAGCAAAGCAGGAAGUAUUGUACCAGACGGGUCAGUGAAACCAGACUACACCAUCCCUACAGUGCUGGACCUGCCAGAUAUUCUGGAUCAGCUCAAGUGAGGACAAGUGGACGAGGAGAACUGGCAUUUUGAGUGUAGAUUUUUUAAUUAUUGGAAUGUUUAAAAGAUAAAUGUCAUCAUGAAAUUUGACUUUUUUGUACGAUCUGCACUGUACGAAUAAUUUUGAGAUACUGGCAUUUAACUUGAAUGAUGUUAAUUGUUUUUAAAGCUUCUAAAACACUACAAGAGACGGUCUUUAAGGCAAAAAGGAAUACUGAUAUUAUAAGAAAUGUUUGUAUUUUAUUUCAUGUUUAUUGGUAAAGGGAUGAGUAUAGUGCAAGUCAACCAUCACCACACACUACAGCAUUUGAAGCCUACGCUAAUUUGCCAUGCCCGUCCCUACAUGGGCCUUUAAAAUAAAGACUGACCAAUAAUGCAGUUGAUAAAGAAACAUUUAGCUGUCAUGAAAAUCAACCUUUUCUACCAGGACAUGUCCUCUGAGUUUGCACAAAUAAAACUAUGAAAAAGUC